GGUCAACCAGUUUGGCUUUUUGUAAAUAACGGAAAAGCUCUUUGGGAACCAGCGAUAGUAAUUGAGACUGAGCCCCUUACUGUUCAGUGUAUUCAGAAUGGUGAAGUUGUUCAGAUGGAAAAUACUGUAAGACUGCUAGGACGAAAACUAUUUGAUCCAAAUACUGAGAAUUUAGCAACGAUUCCGGAUGAAUCGGAAUCAGCUAUAUUAUUUGCUUUAAGAAAACGUUUCGAUGCUAAACGCUUUUAUACAUUUGUUGGCGAUGUACUGCUGGUAUUAAAUCCAUAUGACACUCUCCUACCAAUUUACGAUUACAACGUGCAAAAAUUGUACAGGCGGUGUCGCCGUGUAAACAAUUUGCCAGCUGGUGAAUCAGGUUCUGGUAAAACGUAUAAUCUUAUGCGUUGCGCUACCUACUUUAUCAAUACUGAAUUUCAGCAUAAGCAAGCAAUAAGUGUGAAACAAUUGGAAGCUGUAGAACGGAUAUUAGAUGCAUUCGCAAGUGCUCGAACACCAAAAAAUAUUCAAGGAACUAGAAUGAGUUACUGCAUGGAAUUUGUCUAUCGAAACAAAAGUCUUAUUGGUUUUUCGAUUCAAACCAUUCCUCAACAACAAUAUCAUCAACAACAACGGCAAAAACAACAACAACAGCAACCUCAGCAAAUCCAAUUAUAUGUUGAACCGGGUCGAAUUGUAAGUCAACGAUUGGGUGAAUGUAAUUUCAGCAUAUUUUAUGAACUUUGUGCUGGAAUGGAAACAAGCGAAAAGCAUAAAAUGGGUCUGAAAGAUGAUCAGCAACAUUUUUACCUGAAUCAGGCAAGUGGUAAAGUUUCGUUGGAUUCAAUGAAAGAGCGUCAAAAGUACGAAAAUCUAUGCAUGUCUUUGGAAUUAUUAGAUAUUACUGAACAUCAACAAAAUUUUAUUCAACGCAUUCUUGCUGUUAUCAUGCAUAUUGGAAAUUUAUUCUUUAAACAAAUGAAAGUAAACCUUUGCCUCCUCUUUACAAAUCUUUGUCAGAGAAGCGAAAUGAAUGAAAAUACCAGUGAUGGAACAAAUAUGCCACACAGUGAGAUUUCAAGUGUGGUUGAAAUCGGAAAUAGACAAGAGCUGAAAUGGUGUUCAUAUUUGCUGGAAGUUGAAUUAGAAUCACUUCAUCAAUUACUAAUUCAAAAACAAAUAAAGACAAAGCAUGAGGACGAGACUGUAUUUAUGCCUUUGACUAUUGACCAGGCACUAGAUGCGAGAGAUUCUCUUGCACAAUUAUUGUAUCAGCAAUUAUUUGACUGGCUUUUACAACGCAUUAAUUUAACAACAAUGAAUGGAUACAAUUGUCGUAAUAAUAAUACUGCAAAAAUAAUACUUGCAGAUUGCUUUGGAUUUGAGGCAUCUCAUUAUCGUUCUACUGGUAUGAAUGGAUUUGAACAGUUUUGCACUAAUUUAUUCAACGAACGAUUAGAAUGCUAUUACCAGAAAAAAAUUCUGAAGGAUAUACAGUGCGAGUAUCAAAAGGAAGGCAUAGCAGGUGUUGAUUUACAGUCCAUCCAGUGGUUCGAUAAUGAAGCUGUGAUUGAAUUACUUCUUCAACGUCCAAAUGGUCUACUCCCACUGCUCGAUGAUGAGUCGAAAUUUCCUAAGGCAAUGGCUGCGCGUUAUUUACAGCAAUGCAUUCUAAAUCAUCAACAAUCUUCUCAACACUUAUUCACCACAAAAGCAAAAUCAACGUUCACUUCUGAAACAAUUGAUAAAGCAUCGACAGAUAAAUUUGAAUUUGCUGUUCGUCAUUAUGCUGGCAAAAUAUGGUACGAUUGUACUCAGUUUGUAGAAAAAAAUCGUUUGCAAGUUCGAUACGAAACAAUAAAAUUACUUGCCAGUAGCCAAAAUACGUUUGUUGCUCAAAUGUUUCGAUGUUUCAUAGCAAAACCAACACAACAGCAACCGUUAGAUGAAACAAUUUAUGUUGCUCAAAGAUAUAAUCAAAGUGCCAAAAGACUCAUUGAUAAAAUGAACAAAGGUAAUGUACAAUUUGUUCGCUGCUUACGCAGUAAUCAAGAACGUGAACGGCUGAAAUUUUGUCCUCAAACAAUAGCACGUCAAAUAAAAUCUCUUUCGUUACUUGCAACUACUAACAACUAUCGCUUUGGAUUUCCUUAUCACGAUACCUUUGAUCACUUUGCUGCUAGAUUUCGCUGCUUACUACCAUUUAACAUUACUCAGUAUGAAACAGUAUAUGAAAUAUCAAGAGAUAUUCUCGAACAGCAAGGCAACAAAUUCCAUCAGCAUUAUAAAUUAGGGAAAACACAAUUAUUUAUGCGUGAGCCGCUACGUGAACACUUAGAAACACAACGUGAUAUAUUACUAGAACAUUCUGCUACUAUAAUACAGAAAAAUGUGCGUAAAUGGUUGGCAGAACUAAAAUUUACGAAGAAACGACAUGCAGCUGUGAUUUUGCAGUCGGGUUUACGUGGCUGGCGUGCAAGGCGUGAAGUGGAUCGUCGUCGGAAAGAAAUCCGUCGAGCCAUUGAUAUAGAAACACGUAAAACACGUCGCCUAAAUUUGUAUGCAGAAGCAGAGGAAGGGUCUGGAAACAAAGGUGUUACAGUCAGUACUAGCAAUGGUGCUAAUAAAAUGUCAUCUCUUGCGGGCGUACAGUAUUUAGACUUACCAAAACAUGUUAAAAAAGUUUUGGAUAAUAAUUUAUUUGCUGGAAGAAUGUCUGGUAUACGAACUGUAUAUCACUACAUCCCAUACAACAAACGUAUUGCUAAACCAUUACAAUUGCCAACUCAAACAAUCGAAGAAUUUGCAGAGAAAAACUUCAAAGGUCAUUUGCUUCAAAUGCGUCGUGAACCAAUCGCAACUCCAUUUUUGCAUAAAGAAACAGAACAAGACUUUAAGCAAUCUUUGGAGAUGUUUGCAAUGAUUUUACGAUAUAUGAACGAUACUGAAAUGAACUGCGAACAAUUAGCCAUUCUUGGCAAAGCAAUAAUACAAAUUGCAGUAGAUAAUCCGACACAAAGAGAUGAACUUUUGGUACAACUUUGCGCUCAAACUUAUCAGAAUAGAGUUAAAAACAAUGCUGAUAAAGCUUGGGCAUUACUUCUGGGGGCUGUAAAUAGCUUUGCACCCACACCACAGUUACUCCCUGCUCUUAUUAAUUACUUUGAGCAGCAGACACCAAAUUUAUGUAGUCAGAUUAUGAAUGGCUUACUUCGACAAUGCAUUCGUUUGAAUAACACAUCAAAAUGCCGGUACUUUGCGCCAACUUUUCUUGAACAGGCUAGUUUCAGACAACAGCAACCAACAAUUUUACGGAUCAAAUUUGCUGAUCAGCAAGAAGCAUCAUUUGAAGCACAUUCUUGGAUGACAGCAGAUGAGCUGGCUCGAAAAUGCUUACAAACUCGAGGAAUUGGAGAUCCAGAUGGCUGGACAAUAAGCGCAGAAGACGAAAAUUUUUCUUUGUACGCUCCUGGAACGUGUUAUGUGUAUGAUGUAAUGGCGCAGAUGGAGCAACAGCAAACAGAGAAUAACAAAGAAGUGUUUGUAAUGUUUAACAACAGUAUUAACUGGAACAAAACUAAAGAUGAAGAGAAUCUGAGUGCUGCAAAACAGUAUAAACAACCAGCAGAGAGUAUACAACAGGUAAGUAUUUAG